CCAGGUGUUUCCAGUCCGGCCAAACCGAACUACACGGUGAAGUUCACGCUGGCAGGACACACGAAGGCCGUCUCUUCUGUCAAGUUCAGCCCCAACGGAGAGUGGCUCGCCAGCUCCUGGGACCAGCAGGAGCUGACCGACAUCUCGUCAGCGCUCGGUGAAUCCUCUUCCUCGUCGCUCAUCUUCCUCUUCAUGGUUAAAGGGAAGUGUCUGAAGACUCUGAAGGGUCACAGUAACUACGUCUUCUGCUGCAACUUCAACCCUCAGUCCAACCUGGUGGUGUCCGGAUCGUUUGAUGAGAGCGUUCGGAUCUGGGACGUUAAGACGGGAAAGUGUCUGAAGACACUGCCGGCUCACUCUGACCCCGUCUCUGCUGUUCACUUCAACAGAGACGGCUCGCUGAUCGUCUCCAGCAGCUAUGACGGCCUCUGCCGGAUCUGGGACGCGGCGUCGGGACAGUGUCUGAAGACUCUGAUCGAUAAAGGCCCACAUGUCAGGUCACGUGGUCACAGGUGUGGCGGUCUGAAUGGUUCCAGCACUGAGCGGUGUGCUGCCACCGGUGUGACUCCACACAGAGUGAGGCUGGUUCCUACCGACAGGCCCUGUAAAGGCCAGCGGGUCCCCUCUGCUGUCUCUGUCCUCUUGGCGUUUCAGUAUUUGAAGACGUACUCUGGCGAUAAGAACGAGAAGUACUUCGCCAACUUCUCUGUUACAGGAGGGAAGUGGAUCGUGUCGGGCUCUGAGGACAGCCUGGUUUACAUCUGGAACCUUCAGACCAAAGAGAUCGUUCAGAAACUACAAGGACACACAGACGUGGUGAUCUCCACCGCCUGCCAUCCAACAGAGAACAUCGUCGCCUCAGCCGCUCUGGAGAACGACAAAACCAUCGAGCUGUGGAGGAGCGACUGUUGAACUGCUCACAGAUCAUCACCGAUGAUCCAGAUUAACACAGAACCAGUUCCCCCUCAGUCUUCUGAUGUGAACACACAGUCAGACCAGGUCCCACGGCGUUCAGACCAAAAACCAAAAUGAAUGCGGACUAAAAUCCCUCGAUUUUUGAGUGAGGUUCUGUUGGAGUCGUCUCGUGAUGAAAGAGCGUUUAAAGGACUUCACAGUUUAAUAACUCAGAUCUGAAGAUCUCAGACAGGAAGAGGCCUUUAUUUUAAUUUCCUCCUUUAUGUUUCAUUUCCUGUUGAUUCAAACUCACCACUUCCUCUCUUUGAUAUUAAGACUUCUUGUAGUUCAGGGGACAAAAUUGGUUUCCUUCUCUAAAAUACUUGUAUUUUAAAAAAACUACAGAAACUUUUGAGUUUGUUGUUUUUUUUAAAGGUCAGAUUUAUUUGUUUUUAAACUAAAGUAAUAAAUACUUUAAGAAUAUUAUUGGUGCCCUGCUUAUUCAUACAAUAACAAAUUUCACAGUAAGUUUAAUAUAUAAGUGAAAGCCUAAAGAAUCAGAUCUUCCAGAGUCCAUGAAAUCUGAAAAGCCGUUCAGGUGUUUAAAGAAAUAUACCCAACAUAAAAAUGUUUAAAGAAACAAGUAAACAUAACUUGGACCUCGAGCUGCAACGAUUAGUUGGUUGGUUAACUAUUCAAUUAAUCUCCAGCUAUGUUGAUACUGGAUUCAUCACUGAGACUUUCUUUAAAGUAAAAAUUAAAUGUGAAUAUUUCCUGGUUUCUCUCUCUCUCCCCUCUGUGACAGUAAAGUGUUUAUCUUUGGGUUGUGGACAAAACGAGACAUUUGAGGACGUUGUCUCGGGCGUCUUUUCACCAUGUUCUGGACCGAAAGGCAAAUCGAUAGAUCAAUAAUGAGAAUAGUUAUCUGCGGCCCUGCUUGGAGCAUUAACCCGUCUACAGUGACAUGAUGUCACUAUGACAUCAUCAGAGUUUGUUUCCCUCCAGACAUCAUGCAGGACUUUUCAGGAAACUGGACCGAGCAGAACCAGACGUGGACUUAAUGUGAACCUUUUUAAUCCUGUGUGGGUUGAACAGUGACCUGGGACACGCCCGCUGUCGGCUGACUGUGUGCGUGGCUGUGCUGCGUUCACGGACUCCUGUUCAGAACAACUCUUCAUCGUCGCUUCUCUCAAACUGUUCCCAGAAACUGAAAAAAGAUCACUGAUGUUCGGGUGCAUUUCCCCCCCAGUUAUUUGUAAAUAAAGAUUUUUGACUAUGA